AUGAGAUGGGCAGCGCAGGAAUCCGUGGAGCUCAUCGAAUCUUGCACGAGUGUGGGGGAUUUGCGGCGUGUCUCGGCCCAGAUUGCUACUGCCAAGCGAGGAUUUGACUCCGUGUAUGAGGCGAAUUUGCUCAUUCGCAAGUUUGGGAGCUACGGCAGUGCCGAGGAUGCGCGAUGGGUGUUCGAUCGCAUGGUGGAGAGGGACGAGAUUACGUGGGGCUCGAUGCUGGCGGUGUACACGCAGAACAGGAGAUUCAAGGACGCCGAGGCGAUGUUUGAUUUGCGUGCCGAGAGAGGUGUGGCGUCGUGGAAUGUCAUGCUUGCCGCAUAUGCCCAAAGGGGGCAUUUGGAGAAAGCCAAGUUUGUGUUUGAGAGGAUGCCGGAGAGGAGCCUUGUUUCUUGGAACUCAAUCCUUACUGCCUAUUUACAAAACGGAAGCGUUGACGAGGCGAAGGUGGUGUUUGAUCGUAUCCCGGAGAAAGACGUGGUGUCGUGGAAUGCGCUCCUUGCUGGAUAUGCCCAGAACGGGCAUUUUGGAAGAGCCAAAGAAGUUUUCGAGACUAUGCCUGGCCGCAGACUGAGCUCUUGGAACGCGAUCCUCGCUGCGUCUUCAGAGGAAGGGGGGCUAGUUCUUGCGAAGUCUGUAUUUGAAUCGAUGCCGGAGUGGAAUCUCGUGUCUACGACUGCCAUGCUCACUGCAUACGCCCAGAACAAGCAUCUUGACCAGGCCAACCUCUUCGAUGUGAUGCCGGAGAGGAACUUGGUGUCUUGGACGGCCAUGCUCGCUGCAUUCGCUCAGAGCAAACGAUACGACAAGGCCAAGGCGUUGUUUGAUUCCAUGCCCGAUCGAAAUGCCAUCUCCUGGAACGUGAUGCUCAACGUCUACUCUUGCAGCGGGAUGCUUGGCGAGGCAAAGUCGCUCUUCUCCGCGAUGGAGGAGAGCAAUCUCAUAUCGUGGAACUUGAUGCUGGCUGCGUACUCGGAGAAUGGAGACUUGGAUCAGGCAAAAGGGCUCUUUGAGAGAAUGCCGUGCUGGGACGUGGGAUCCUGGAACUGCUUGCUCGCGGCUUACUCCCACCGCGGCCAGAUCGAGCAGGCAAAGUUUGUGUUUGACACGAUGAAGGCCCGGAACGCUAUAUCGUGGUGCUCGCUUCUGGCUGGCUAUGCCCAGUCCGGGCAUAUCGAAGAGGCCGAGCGCGUGUUUCUAGCGAUGCCCGAGUGGGACAUAGCGGCUUGCAACGCGAUGGUGGCUGCUUGGAUCCACGCAGGAGACUUGGAAGAGGCGAUUUUUUUGCUCCACAGCGUUCCAGCUCGGGAUGUCAUGUCGUGGAACUCGGUGCUCGCGGGGCUUGUGCAGCGCGGAAGCCUCGGAAAGGUGGCGGAGAUGUUUGCGAGAAUGCCCGAGGUGGACUGUGUUUCGCGUAGCACGGUGCUGUCGAUGUGUUGCCAGGCCGGGCAUCUGGAGGAGGGACUUGGAUUGUUUGGGAGAAUGGUGGCGGAUGGGUUUGAUCCGGACGAAGUUGGCGUCAUGAACAUCCUCUCCGGGUGUAGCCAUGCGGGCGAUGUUGCAACCGGCCACAGCUUCUUCGUGUCGAUGAUCCGAGACUAUGAACUGAAGCCCAGCAAGCAGCACUACAGCUGCGUGAUCGAUCUCCUGGGACGUGCUGGAUACCUGGGCGAUGCGAGGGAGGUGAUUGCAAACAUGCCGUAUGCUCCCGAGGCUCGAGACUGGAGUUGCUUGCUUGGAGCUUGCCGGAACCACAAGCAGGCCGUGAUUGGAGUUUCCGCGGCCAUGAAUGUGUUGAAGCUCAAUCCAGCGAGAUCGUCAUCGUAUGAAUUGCUAGCAGGUGUAGUAACGUGA